CGUGAAGCGCCUUCACGCCAACUCAAUCCAUGCAGUUGCACUUUCCGUGGGUGGUUUUGCUGGGUCAACCCGACCCCAAAGCAGCCCUCCUCCCUCCCGAGCGGUAGGGCUGAGAUUCGCUCGGCUCCCACGCGCGUGGGCCGAGUUCCAGGCUGAGCCUCCUUCCUCAAAGAGAAAGAGUGAAAAAGACAAAGAGCGGACUGGGGAGCCGAAGAACCCGGGGUUCGGAGAGCGCUGCGUAGAACCGGGGCGGCCCAAUUGUGGAGCAUCGGGCGGGGCUGGAGCGUGACAUGGCCGAAGCGCACCAGGCCGUGGGUUUCCGACCCCCGCUGACCUCGGACGGGGGAGAAGUGGAACUCAGUCCCCCAUUGUUGCAGGAGAUCUACCUCUCCGGACUGCGCUCCUGGAAAAGGCAUCUCUCCCGUUUCUGGAACGACUUUCUCAUAGGUGUGUUCCCUGCCAGCCCGCUCAGCUGGCUCUUCCUCUUCAGUGCAAUCCAGCUUGCCUGUUUCCUCCAGCUGGAUCCUUCCCUAGGACUGAUGGAGAAAAUCAAAGAGUUGCUGCCAGACUGGGGCGCACAGCAUCACAGGCUUCGAGGCAUCCUGGCGGCUGCGUUGUUUGCUUCGUGUCUAUGGGGGGCCCUGAUCUUCACACUCACGUGGCCCUGAGGCUCCUUCUGUCCUACCACGGCUGGCUCCUUGAAACCCAUGGGGUCAUGUCCUCACCCACCAAGACCUGGCUGGCUCUGGUUCGCAUCUUCUCCGGCCGCCACCCAAUGCUCUUCAGUUACCAGCGCUCCCUGCCUCGCCAGCCUGUGCCCGCUGUGCAGGACACCGUGCGCAAGUAUCUGGAGUCUGUCCGACCUGUGCUCUGUGAAGAGGACUUCGAGUGGAUCUCGGCCCUAGCACGGGAAUUCCUGAAGCUGCAGGCAUCGCUGCUGCAGUGGUACCUGCAGCUCAAAUAUUGGUGGGCGUCCAAUUAUGUCAGUGACUGGUGGGAAGAGUUUGUGUACCUGCGCUCCCGGAACUCACUGAUGGUGAAUAGCAACUACUACAUGAUGGACUUCCUGAACGUUACCCCAACUCCCGUCCAGGCUGCUCGUGCAGGGAACGCGGUCCACGCCCUCCUCCUGUACCGCCACCGCCUGAACCGCCAGGAGAUCUUUCCGACGUUGCUGAUGGGAAUGCGGCCCUUAUGCUCUGCCCAGUAUGAGAAGAUAUUCAACACGACGCGAAUUCCUGGGGUCCACAGAGACCACAUCCACCACCUCCGUGACAGCCGACACGUGGCCGUCUUCCACCGGGGCCGAUUCUUCCGCGUGGGGACGCACUCCCAAAGCGGCCUGCUUUCCCCAAGGGCCCUGGAGCAGCAGUUCCAGCGAAUCCUGGAUGACCCCUCUCCCGCCUGCCCCCACGAGGAGCAUCUGGCGGCUCUGACCGCGGCUCCGAGGGACAUGUGGGCUCAGGUGAGGAAGUCCCUAAAGACCCAGGCAGAGGAGGCCCUGGAGGCUGUGGAAGGGGCUGCUUUCUUUGUAUCACUGGACUCUGAGCCCGCGGGGGACGCUGCAGGGGACACUCCUGAGCCCUCGGGGGACUCCGCAGCUUCCCUAGAUGCCUAUGCCCAUGCCCUGCUGGCCGGCAGGGGCCAUGACCGCUGGUUUGACAAAUCCUUCUCCCUAAUCAUCUUCUCCAACGGGAAGCUGGGCCUCAGCGUGGAACACGCGUGGGCGGACUGCCCCAUCUCAGGACACAUGUGGGAGUUCACUCUGGCCACAGAAUGCUUUCAGCUGGGCUACUCGGCAGAUGGUCACUGCAAGGGCCAUCCUGACCCAUCGCUGCCCCAGCCCCAGCGGCUGCACUGGGACCUUCCAGACAAGAUCCAUCUAUCCAUCUCUCUAGCCCUGAGGGGAGCCCAGGCCUUGGCUGAAAACAUCGACUGCCACGUCUUCCCCUUCUCCCACUUUGGCAAGAGCUUCAUCAAACGCUGCCACCUGUCUUCAGACAGCUUCAUCCAGACGGCCUUGCAGCUGGCCCACUUCCGGGACAGGGGUCGAUUCUGCCUGACCUAUGAGUCAGCCAUGACUCGCCUGUUCCUGGAAGGCCGGACAGAGACGGUGCGUUCUUGCACGAGGGAGGCCUGCAGCUUUGUGAGAGCCAUGGAACACCAAGAGAAGACAGACCCACAGUGCCUCGCCCUGUUCCGCCUGGCGGUGGACAAGCACCAGGCUCUGCUGAAGGCAGCGAUGAGCGGCCAGGGGGUCGACCGCCACCUCUUUGCUCUCUACAUCGUGUCGCAAUUCCUCCGCCUACAGUCGCCCUUCCUGGACCAGGUUCACUCGGAGCAGUGGCAGCUGGCCACCAGCCAGAUUCCUGUUCAGCAAAUGCACCUGUUUGACAUCCACAACUAUCCGGACUACGUUUCCUCUGGUGGUGGAUUUGGGCCUGCCGAUGAGCAUGGCUAUGGUGUUUCUUACAUCUUCACUGGGGAGGACACGAUUACCUUCCACAUCUCUAGCAAAAAAUCAAGCACAAGAACGGACUCCCACCGGCUGGGCCAGCACAUCAGGGAUGCAUUGCUGGACGUGGCAGCCCUAUUCCAGGAGGGGCAGCAUCUUAAGCGCCGGGCCUGAGGUUUGGGGGAGGACGUGGGCUCUCCCCUGCCACACAAGGGGCUCCAGGGCCCCCGCAACAACCACUGACUCUUGACACCUUCCAGAGGGGAGUGGGUCUCUCCAGGAACUAGGGGGCAGGUCUCUACAGCUGGGCUGGUGCAGGACGGAGGCAGCCCGUUCGGGUUUGGAAAGCUGGCACCUGGUCUAAUAAAGAUGUGUGAGCUGGG